AUGUCCCAUCCCCUGUAUAACCCCUAUGCCUCUGGGAAGCGUAAUUCCACACAGGGGCAGUAUGGACAGACUGAAAGAGAUACCCAGAGGCCAUCUUCUUUUCUUGGACAUGGUUCAGUCUUUAGUUCCUCUGGAGCUCCCCUUGCAGUACCUGGGAACUCCGGGGGAAGAGACAUGACUAGAGACAUGGAUGCAAAGAGUUCUAUGGACAUGCACAUCAGCAAAGGCAGAAAACCAAUGGACAGUGCCCCCUUUACCAGUGCUCAAAGGAAUGAGUUUCGAUCCUCUGGCGCCGGAAUAGCUGCCUACCCUGUGACCUCAGCCUCUUCCUCUAGGUACACCAAUAAGGCUGCCAUUGAAAGUGGCGGUAACAACUUGAAUUGGUUGACAAGCUGUCCAGGACCCUCACCUAGUUGCUCAUCUUCUACUUUGUCAAACCUUGCUGGUGGUAAUGGCGGAAGGGUUGAUACCUCCAGUAAGGUACAGCAUGAUCUGCGGGCUAUUCCAGGGUUAGGUGACUAUGACUCUCCAGGAUCAGGCAGAUCCCAUCCCUUCACAGAGCCCGGUCAACCCAAGUACACCUCAGAAUCAGCUGUGAGCAUCCUCCAACGCUUUGGACUUGAAAAAGAGGAUUUGGAACAUCUCAUCUCUUAUCCUGAAAACCAGAUUACUCCUGCAAACCUGCCCUUCAUCCUGCGUGAAAUACGCCUGCAGAAAGACAAGAAGGCCGUGACUGGUGUCCAGUCAAACCUUUAUGGUGAACACAGACCCACCGGCGCUGUCAGUGGAAUGGACAGUUACGGGUUGAGCAGAGGGACAGAUGUGCACAUCCAAGAAACUUCAACCUCUGUUCUACAGCCGAGCAAAGUUAUUGACUACGGACACACCGGGAAAUAUACCGCAGGGAUCGGGGAUGAGAUUGGAAGGAAAUCAGACAGAGACAACAGUGGUGGGAGUAAAACUGUGUUCAUGACUGGAACUGCUGCUAACAGACAGAACUUAGAACCACUGCAGAAAAAAAUCACAGAUUCGAAAAGCAGUGCUUUGGGUUCUUCGCACGAGCAGAAAAGUCCUUUCACCAGUCUCAGCUCUCCAUACAGUCCGGCACCGAGCUCUGUGGCUUCCACAAGCAGUGACCAGACUAAACAAAUGACUAAACAGGCUUUCCAAAAUAUCCUGAGCUCUUUUCAGCUACCAAAGAAAGACACAGCCACCAGAGGUCUCAUGUCUGAAGCCUCCAAACCAGAAACUCAAGCAUCCUCGACUUCCUCCCAUGGCAUGCAUCCCAGCGGACAUGGCCUUGUCCUCAUCGGCGACAGUGACCCCAGUAGAACAGAGGACGAACUGAGUAAAACUCGAAACAAAAUGUCUGUAGUAAUCGAACAUAUCAUGAAGCAUCGGGGGAAGCAGAAGGAGCAGAUGCAGCAACAGAUGCGGACGACAAAGCCGGUGCAGAAGCAGCCGGCGCAGCAGCAACAGUCAAAAGGACAGGCCAAGCAGUCCAAGAAAAAACUACCAUCAAAGACCAGGAAAGGGUUGCCUCCAGAUUUCGGGGGAUCAGUUCCCCCGAGCAAGAAGAAGCCGCCUACGUCCAAAAAGCUGCCCAAAGAUAAGGUGGACAAGGAUCAGCCGACGCCGGAGAUGUUGUAUGACUAUGCAGCUGCCCCACCGAGAAUCUUUCCUCAUACCUGUACUCUUUGUUACAAAGACUGUGCUAACAUGCAGGUGAGUAGAAGACCGCCCCCUGUUAUCUCUCCCUUUUUUUCUGGAAAUAGUGGGUUUGAUUAUUUUCCUGAACAAAUCUAAAGUGACUUGUUGUAUCAGAUGUUUGUGAUUUUCAUUUCCUCAUAAAGCAUGUGAUUAUUGACAGGAAUUCUAAGUGAACUUUGAUGGACUUUUAAAAAUCAUUCCUGUGAUCAGGUGAUGGUUACUGAUAACUGCUGAGGGGGGAAAUAAAUACAAAAUUAAAGAUGUUUUGCAAAUAUUUGUUAGAUUUCUAGUACGUUAUUGAUUAAGAUGGAAGUAUUUUAUACUUGGUUUUUUUUUGGUUUUGUUUUAAAGAUGUCAGCCUGAGCAGACUUAUUGUGUAUAGCUGACUGUCUCAUUUAUGCAGGGUUCCUAUGCAAGAAUGGAAAGUAUGAAAAAGUAUGGAAGUAAUUUGAUAAAUUUCCAGGUCUUAAAAAGUAUGGUAAAUAAGAAAUAAAGUUUGGAAAAAUAUUUAAGUUUCCGGACUAUUACCACAGUAAAAAAAAUGCUGUUGUCUAAAAUACAAAAGUAGGUAUUUUCAAGAUGAUUCUAAAAAGUAGGGUAUGGAAAUUCCAACUGUGUAGGAAUCCUGUUUGUGUGAUUAAAUUGGAUCUAGUUUUUAUGAUUUUAACUCUUUUUGUGAGCAUGAUAUUUCUCUUUUGUACUAACUUAGAGCUGUAUUCUUUGUUCCUUUUUUGUGCUACUUUUAGCAGUAGGUGUGACUUCUGUUUGAAAGCAGCCAGGCAUUUGCUUUAUUGUUUUACAACUUUAGGUGGUUUUGUAGUGGGCUACCUUCCCCCCUUUUUGGACAUUACAUCCUUUGGUCCACAGGAUGAAGACACCCACUCCCAGUUUCCACAUUUUACCACCGUAUUUUGGCCAGUGCAGAUUUUUUUUGGACUGAAUCGACUAAGAUGACCCCCCCAGUGAACUUUUGGACACUCUGAUACCAAGUGUUGCAGAGGAACACGAUGUUUCACUUCCUGAAACCCGAUAAGAAGUUGUUGAAUUUGUCAAACAACCCAAAGUUUAAGGUUGGACAAUUCAAGGGUUUUGAUAUCCUUGAUGAUUUUCUCCAGAUUGACUUUUUUUUGCCACAACUUCAUGGAUUACACUGACAUUAGACUGGCUGUACUGAACUUCUUUCUCACCUGUGGGAUUACAUUUUUCUUUUUCCAUGACUGUUGUCGACUGAAGAUACAGAAGCGCUGGAUUAAGAAUAUUUCUGCUUUUAUGGACCACCAAGACGAGCUGCUUUUGAAGGGCUGACGGACAGAACUGGACUCUACAGCCAGCAGGAGCCAUGAGUGCAAAGUUGAACGAUUCAGCGGACCCUCUCAGGCUUUUGCGGCUGUUUUGUUGAAUAAAUAACAUGAUGUCAAAGUCAAACAUGUGAAGGUAAUGGAAAUGUUGGUGGUUAAAGAGGCAAAUCUUAAUUCUGUGUUUUUGACUUUUCUGACUAACCAGGAUUGGAUCACCCACCAGAACAGCAGCCAUCACCUGGAGAGCUGCACACGCCUCAAAAAACAGUCAGUCUCUGUUCUGCUGUUUUUAUCUAUGAUAGAUCUUCUUCAUUUGAUUCUGAGAACCCAUGAAGUUGUUCGGGAUCCUCUCGAGUCUGUUUUUCUGUUUGACAUGUACUCUUUUUAUUUCCCCACAGCUACCCAAAGUGGGACGGUGAGAUUGUCUUUGGACCAAGGUACGUUUCUGGAGCCACGAAGACGUAGAAACUCUGUAAACUCGCUGCGAAGAUCAUCCCUUUACUCCCUCCCAGCUAAACCAGUGCUUUAUGUCCAGCCCAGUUCAGUUUUGAAACCAGAUAGAAAGCACUGCUGAGAUGGAAAAUGUUGAUGAACUGAACGUUGGCCUUGCCUUCAGUGUCCUCCUUUUACAUGUCUCUCAGGGUUGUUUGCUCUCUGUCCUCCUACCUGUUUUGACGAGCGUGCAGCUGCACAUCUUAUUAGUCUGCACAUUCGGUUUCUCUCGUUUGCAUGCUGCUCUCAUAACCUCCAUUUAGACAUUUCACUCUCAGCCCAGUUCAGUUUUGAAACCAGAUAGAAAGCACUGCUUAAAGAUAAACACGGAUUUUAUGCAACUGACUCCAGAUCCUUUAUUAUAUCUGAAAUAAAGAAAGUUGAGCAUGUAUAGCUUGGUAGCUUCACCUCCUGGUUGUUUUGCUUACUUUAGACCUGUCGGUAAAGAAGCCAAGCCCUCAACCUCGACCUCUGCGAAGAAAACUAAACGUACCAGAAGCCACUCCCAAUCAAAAUCACUCAGCCCAAAACGCCGGCGUGGCUUAGAGGGCAAACGGAGAAGCCGGUCACCAUCUCCACAGAGCUCCAAAUACAGUCGCAGGUGCGUGGAAUGCUAGCAUGUAUAAAUCGGACAUCCCGUCACCAGCCUGUGGCGCUGCAGCACAGUUUAUUAGAUCUCACUGAAGGUCUCCGUACCGCUCUUCUAGGUAUGACAGCCCAGCCAGCCCCUGCUACUCCUCACGUUCCCGUAGCUCCGAGAGGCGGCUUUCGCCAUGGAGAGCUGCUGACAUACGCUCGCCCUUCAGAAGGAGUAACGACUCAAGGUCCCCAACAAGGAGGGUCGUCGUCAACAGACGCUCGCCACCGAGGAGGAAGAGCAACGAGACGUGGUCGAGGGAUGACGGGUCUCGGUCACCGCAGAGACGAGGCAGCCAGAGAUGGUCGCCACCUCGGGGAUUCGAUGAGCGGAGGUCGCCGCAAAGAAGAGCUGAUGAUAGACAUUCUCCGCCAAGGAGGGUCAGCGCGAGAUGGUCGCCGUCAAGGAGGAGUGACCACAGCAGAUCGCCACAGGCAAGGAGCCAGGAGAGACGGUCAUCGAGAGAAGGCUCCUCCCCUCCGAAGAUGGGGUUGAACAGCGCGGAGAGUCUGGCAAAGAAGCUGCUGGAAACAUCAGGUAAGAGGAAUUUCACAUCCAACCUCACGUUCAAAGAUUUGAUCAAACAUUCAUUUCAUUUUUUUCCCACCAGCUGUUCAGUCGCUUUCAAACCAGUCUGACCUGGCCGCCGUGGUUAAAACUUUGGCUCCUGCCUUAUUGGCUGAGCUCGCCAAGAUGACCUCCUCCUCCUCGACUCCAUCCUCCUCUGCAGCAAAGACAAAACUCUCAAAAACAGUUUCCUCCAAAGUGAAAAGCUCCUCGAGGACGGUGAGUUUUUCUUGGUGGACGUCUGCGUGUUUAUCCGUCUGAGCUUCAAACACUGACGCCUUUUCUUCUUCAAACCCAGGUGGAGCUCAAAAACAUCGACGCACGUCUUCCUGACAACGAUUUAUCUUCUCUUUUGGGACAGUUUGGAAAAACAAAGUCGAUUAAAAUUAAUCGCUCCACAAAACGGGUGAGUGAAGAAACAUUGAAGCAGAGCCGUUAUGUUAACUGUUACUUUUGUCCCGUCAUGUUUCUCUUCGAUUCAAGCGAUGGACAGAUGUGUGUUUUUGUGUGUGAACAUGUAGGCGAUAGUGCAGUAUGAAAGACUCGAAGCUGCAGAGAACCUGAGGUACGCAGGGUCCUUCACGAUCAAAGGAAUACAAGUCGUCGUGGCGAGAGGAAAGGUACUUAGAGCGGAUUUUCCUUCCUUUUCAACAUCCAUCUGCUGAAGUUUGGUUACUUUGUUCAAAGUCAGUUUAAUGUCAUUUAAAAGAAAAACCUCUCUGUUUACAGAUCGCCGCCACCAAGUCCACUCAAAGGUAAGAUAUCACUGUGGGUGUGUUUGAUUUCAAAGUCCUGUAUAGUUCCUCAGUGACGACCCGUUUUUAAACAUUCAUUCUUUGUUCGCAGAAAAUCUUCCAAAUCCAGCGCCUCCGCACCCCAGACCGCCAGACUCACAAGGACUACUACUUCCACUAAAAAGCCGCUUCUUCCAACGCCAAAAUGUCCUCCACCAACGCCUCAGCCCUCUGGAGUUAUCAGAAAGACAACGAGCAAGAUUCUCAGUGGGAAAACUGCGGCUAAAGUCCUCGUAUCAAAGGCCAAAAAUGUCUCCACCAAGAAGGUUAGAAAAAUCAGAACUUUGAGGGAGAUGCCUCUCAAAGGAGCGGCGAAGACCGACCCGGUCACACAAAACACAACCUCAGGACUCGAGGACAUGUCUCAGCAGGGAGAUCAGGGCACUGAACAAAAAACCCCGCCUGAAGAAAGUGACUCCACUUCUGCUGCUGACACCGUCAAAGUUACCGAGAUACUAAAAGGGACGCCCAUGGAAGAAAAGAUUUCGUCUUCUGAAACUGAAACCGUCCAAACUGUGCAGGAACCUGAAGCUGCAGAAGAAGCUGUGACACCUUCUAUAUCUGCAGCCUCCGAGAAUCAGGCCGGAGCUGGUGACUCUGAAGAUAAACCUGACAAAUCCGGGGUCGGACAAAGUGGAACCGCAGACGCUGAGAAGGACACAAGUGACACCGCUACAGAAGCAGGAAAAGAACCAUCGACUGAAGCAGAAACUACCCCGACCACACAGAAACCCAAAGAGGAGCCUAAGCCUCCUGGAUCAGGACCUGAACCAAGUGAAACCUUUAAAGAAACACCUCAGAAAUCUGCAAAUGUAGGAAAGGAAUCACGAGCGGAAAGUUUGAAGCUCAGUCAGUCUGAGAGUAAAGCUCCAGGAUCUCCAGAGGUGCAGGCCGACACGGCUGAGGUAGGUGAAAACCAAGGAACAGGUUUUAGAGCCGCAGGACUGAACGUGGUCUGGGUCUGAUCUGUUCUUCUCUCUCUCUUUUUUUCUCAGUCGGGGAAAGCUUCACCUCCAACCGUGGUCAAACUCCACGGGAUUUGUAGUUCUCUGUCCCACAGUGAUAUCCUCUCUGCAGUGGAGAACUUCGGAAAAACCAAGUCUGUGGUUCUGUUUAGGGCAAGAUUGGAGGUACGUUAAGUGAGAAUGUCAAAUCCAUCUAUGUAUUUCAGUCAUGAGUGAAAAAUCCCAGACGUCUCUCUCUCUCUCUCGUCAAAGGCGAUCGUGAUUUUUGAGAAAGCGGAGGGCGCUCAGAAACUGAGGAGUGUGAAGAGCCUCAACGUGAACGGGGUUCCAGUCGCUGUCGUUGGCGAAAAGGUAACGAGAUCCUUCCUUUAAAAUUCACUCACAAGAAUCCAGUCAAUUUUAUCUAAAUCUUUAUUCGUCCGUCCACAGGAGUCGGUGUGCAAGGAGCGAAAGACCCCCCCUGUGAGGUGAGAUAUGAGUCAAUUACCCCCAAUUUCCACCGCAUCCGGAACGGCCACGAAAAGGUUGUAUCCGCCGAUCGUAGCUGAUCGGAACCAUUCAAGUUAACGUGUCAAUCUCCACAGACUUCUUUCCGUUCCUCUGCAGAUAGUCGAGUUCCGCACCUGAUAGCAAGAGUUCUAUUUUUUCCUGGAGCAUGUCAAAUAAAUUCAGGCAGAUCAUUUUUCACACCAUGCAAACGGGCGGAGACGAACAUGUGAAAGGUUUUUAGACGUCAUUUCACCCCGAUGACACCAUGGAUGAGGAGAUGCUGAUUCUAGAAGUCUAGAAGUAGAUUUCCUCCUCUGGAAGGACACAAUCUACUGCUUAUAUGGUUAGCCUCUGUGGCUAAAGACAACUUGUGAAUCUGCGUGUUCUUGCAAUUCCAACUGUCCGUGAUCUGCCACGAAAUUCGCCUCACAAACGGAUCUGGUAGGAAUUGGCGGAUGGCAAUAAUCGCCGCCAUUCCGGAUGCGGUGGAAAUCCUGGGUUAGAUCUCGAAUGAGGCUGAUAGAUUGUGGAGGUUUUUUAGCCUGGCUGGGCCAUCCUGUUGUGUGAAUCGCAGGAAUCGUUUAUAUCCAACUAUUUCUGCCGACUUUGUAAAGUCAACUGCAGAAUUAACAACGUUCUGAAUGAACGGUGCUUUGGAAAGUCCCGCAGCAUGUGUUUGACGUCACCAUCUACACAUGGACCAAUCAGGGGCUGUCUUUCCCUGUUGUCCGGGUAACAGUGGAAACACAGUCACUGAUUGGCCCGGUUAUUUUCUGAUCGGGAAUACACGCCCCCAAUGGGCCGAAGUCCAGACUGUUGUGGGAAGGAACGGCAAGUGAUUCAUGCAACAGGAUGGCCCAGCCAGGCUAGAGGUUUUUAUCCUUCUGUUCGGUUUCAUGUCUUUAGGAAACGAUCUUUUUUUGUUUUGUUUUCUUUUACAGACAGUCCACCUCUGAAUCCACCACACCCAAAAGAAUAACUACCACUGAAGAAAAAGCCUUUACUCCAGAAGUGAAGAAGACGGUGAAAACAGAAGCGCUGGCUGUGGAGGGACUUGUGAAAGAGCAGGUCACCCCCACAGAGUCCAAGUCUUCUGAAAGUCUGCCUGUUUCCGGUGACUCCAAACAAACACUUACACCUGAGAAGUCUAAAAUCGCUACUGAGGAAUCUGUGGUCCAGCUGAGAGACAAAGAUAAAACUACAGAGCAAGUAAAAGGCGUAAAGAUAAAAACAGAAACAGUUUCAGCCUCUGCAGGAGAAAGUGUAGCUGGAGAAAAUAUUGGCGGAACGACUGCAAAAGAGGCAAGUGAGCCGACUAGAACAACAUCUGCUCCGAAUAAUCAGCCUGAUGUAGGAAAAUCUGAAGCCGUAGGACAGGGAGAAAACAAAAACCUUAUCAAAGCUGAGGACGCAAGUGAACCGAUGGAGCUCAAAGUACAAGGAAUUACAGCAGAAAAGCCUGAGGACAAAGAGAGAGACAAGAGUGCAGAGGACAAACCCGGCCAGAGUCCACCUCCGACAGGUUCAGAUGAGACCCAGGUGACAGAAACCUCCGACAAAGAUGGACCGGCAUCAACGGCACACGGACCAGAGACCAAGACGGAAACGGCUGAAGGGCAACAGCAGGAAGGAGGAGGCACAAAUGAAGCUGCUGUGGAGGAGGCGGUUCCAGGGGGAGGGGCUAAGACGAUCACAACAGGAAAAGGUAUUUCUUAGACCUGAUUGGAUACAAGUUUCUGUCCUGUCUCCUGUCCUUUGCGUUUAACGAUAUUACUUUUUUAAGAUAGCUCCAUUUAUCUGAUUUAUUGGAUCUCUUUAAGGUCCCUCGGCUGCUGUGACGACACAGAUCCCAUCACCGUCAACCAAAGAGGUCUCCAAAGCUAAAGCCGGCAGCCAGGCCUCAGCUGUGUCACCUGAGACCCCCUCGUCCUCCGCUAAGCCAGCAGCUGCAGCAGCGAGCGGGCAGAAACCGACGACAUCCGAACAGCCGUCCGCUGCCGUCGUUUGCCCGACCAUCGGGGAGAUGCUGAAGACGACUUUGGAUCCUCAGAAUAUCUGUAAGAAACUCAAAAAGGUUAAGAAAAAAGACUUUCUCUCCCUCUCAGUGAUUUACAGCUUUGUCGUUUUCUGCUGCCUUCACAGUUUGCUGGUCACCCCCCGAAGUCUUACCACAGGUAGGUGUCUGAAAUCACUCGACUCAGAAAAGUGUCGUAGAAACUCAGGACCAGAAAAAGGCAAGAAACCAUACUGUGGAAAUCACCACAUAAGCUCAAAUCAGCUGUCCAAAACCACGCCAACAAACUUAGGUUAAAGGGAUAUUCCGGUGUAAAAUUAAUUUAGGGUCAAACACACCAGAAAUGAAUGUUGCCGACUGCUUGCUUUUCCAUUUAUAUCGACUUUAGUAACGACCGCACGAUAGCAAUACACAGCGGUCUGAGGAGCCAUAAUAUGAUACCCUGAUAUCAGGAUGUGGUAGGAAGGGUCUUGAGUUUUGGGUCUAGGUCUCACUUUCUCCUCUAAAAUGCUUUUCUGUCUCCGUUUAUUUCAGCGUUAUCCUCAGUAUCACAGAAGUGUUUUCAUCAGCGGACUGCCGCUCUAUCACGACGGCUUCUACACGGAGGAGGACAUCGUCAACCUUCUCGUUCCGUUCGGGUUCCGGAGUCAAGACAACAAAAUCUUCGUCAUUCCUCAGACUGGAAUGGUAGGUGCCGCAUCACGAGUCUUUCCUCGUUUUUGUCCAAUAUUUAGUUUUUAAAAGGUCGCUCCCGUGUCUCGUUUCCUUUCAGGCCUUCGCCACGAUGCCGUCCAGGGACACUGUGAUGCACUUGAUGACCGUGUCUGUAACGAACGGCAUUUACUUCAGAGGGAUCAGACUCCUGAUCGAAGUGAUGCACAGCCAGGUUCAAAUGUUGCCGGUGAGCAAGUGACCCAAGAGUUCAACCUGCUUUUGACGAGUUUGACAAACAAGCGGACAUUCUUCAUAAAUAACGCUCUACAUCCCUGUUAGCCAUGUUUGUCUUGUAACGCCGAUGUUCUCUCUUUUUUGUUGAUUUAGCUCAAGUUUUACAUGUUUAUGAAGAGGCUGCUGAUGUGUGUAAGUAAUCCACGCUCACCUCCGUCCUCUCAAAGCUCAAGUGUCUCAUCAGCUUCGUUGUCUUAACCCCAUGGGUGGGUGUCUGUCUCCUUCUGUUCUUCUAGUCCGUCCACGAUGAGGGGAAGAGAACCGUCAUGAUCAGGAACAUUUCACAACCAGACAUCAGGAAGCUCCGCGAAGCCCUGACAGAGUUUGCCCCGAUCACAAACUUCUUGCCCCUCCUCAACAAGGUACGAACACGCAACUGUUAAAGAUCGAACAGCCUCCUGACACUCUGAUUCCUCACCUUCAUUUGUUUUGUUUUUUUUACAGGUUUUCGUUGAAUUUAAAUCUGUUGAAGAUGCCGGACGGUUUGAAAAGUGGUACAAUCAAGCGUGUCCGCCUCCUCUUUCCAACGUCUGGAGGAAGAGACAGGUCAUCAUGUUGGCACCAGCAGGUAAGACUGAAAAGAGAAUGAACAAACCCAUGAGCUUUAAAGGUUUGAGUUGAAGAAGUUGUGUUCAUCCAAAUUUCCUCUCAUCUCCUGAAGGACCUGUGACGGUGAAGAAGGCCCCCCAAAAGGCUCAAAGUGUCCCACCUGUGCCUAAAGGAAAAAAGGUCUUGGUGUAUAAGUCAGGAGAGAUCGUGUUCCCACAGAAACCUAAAGCUGAAGGAAGAAAGCUUGUCGGGUCGAAAGCUGAAAGUAAUGAGAAGAUUGAGGAAACAGCAGGAGAGGAUCCAAGUGUACCGUCAACAUCUACAGAGUCAGGAGAACCCGAUAAAUCUGAGGGUGCAGGUGAGCCCAUGGAGCACGAGGAACAAGGAGUAGAAGGAAAAGCUGAAGCACCCAAAUCGGACGAAACUGCAAGUUCGGGCGCUGUUCCAGAAAGUUCUUCAGACAAACCCAAGGAAAAGCAAGACCCAGGAGCAGAAGCCAAACCAGCUCCGAAAGGUUCGUCUGAGACUUAACCGGGGUAGUUUGUAGAUCUCCAAAUCCUGAUCUUCGCCUUAACUUCACUAGAUCUUCUGGAUUUCCUUUGAUUACAGGGACCGCUACGACGACGACCAAAGACGCCUCUAAAACUGCGAGCGGUGGCUCAGCCGUGUCGGUGGAGGCGCCCUCAUCUUCUUCCAAACCAGCAGCAGCGGCGAGUAAGCAGAAGAAAGACUCAUCGUCGUCGUCUGCUGUCCGUCCACCGACCCCCGGGGAGAUGUUGGAGAAGCGCUUGUUCGCACACAAAAUCUGUACGAACUUUAAAGAAAGAUCGAUUCUCUUUAUUUGAACGCGAUUUCACCGAGUUUUCCAAGUUCACAGCAGGAUUCUCUUUUGUCUCCUCCACAGAUUGUCACGCUUUAUCCACCCUCUCUCCGCUGGUAGGUUUCUUUAUCUCACAUCACCAGACGGGCUGUCUACAGACUUCUUGAUCUGAUCGUGUCUCUUCCUUUUAGGGUAAUGACAGACAGCUGCUGCUAACCGGACUGCCGAAGUUUCACGACGGUCUCUACACAGAGGACGACGUCGCCGAUCUGCUGGUCCCGUUUGGGUUUCAAGAUAAAGAAGAUAAACUCUUUGUCGUUCCUCAGUCACGCAUGGUAGGCGUCGAAUCCUCGUGUUCGAGGAGUUUUAUCAUCAAAGAUUUCAUUACAGCUCAGUAGGGAUGGGAAUUGUCAAGAAUUUAGCAGUUCAGAUUCCAUUAUUGAUACUGCUUAUCGAUACGAUUCUCUUAUCGAUUCUCAUUGACUGAGGAAUAAGAUAAGACAAAUGGGUUUGUUUGGGUUAACUCUUUUAGACAUAUCCAUGCAUUAAUAAUGUCAUUUUACUUGUCCCUGGCUCGAUUAAAGGGGCUGCGCCAAAGGAGCGCGAGACCUACCGGCAAGCAUGACUCUGGCAGUCAUCGUCAUCUAAGUGUAAUUUAAGGAGAUGGAGAGUAUUUGUAUAGUGAAGAGGGGUUAAGUUAACGUGGCGCUAACAUCUACACAACAGACAGGCCCUGAAGGAGUUAAAACGUUACCUUGAUGAUGCCCAGACGUUAGCUCCGCUCCUGCUUUUGUCUGUACCAGUCUCGCCUUUGCUAAGUAGCGUAUCAAAAACGUUACACUUCCGCGGAUCAAUCGCAUGGUGGGUGGACAAAUGUUUCCACAUAUCGGAGGUAUUUCUCCCCCCUUGACGAAAUUAAAGUUUUGCAAGUGUUGCAAGUAGCCCCGGUAUCGUCUUUUCACGUGAAAUACAAACUCUGGAGUGCCUUUGCCACGACGCCACACUGGAAAGUUCCGAAAAAACACUUCUCGCGUAGAGACGUAAGAGGAACCGAUAAGCAGAACCAUUUAGGGGGCAGACAAAUAAUUCCUAGGAAUGGAAUCACCGGGAACUGGAACCGGAACCGGAACCGGCUAUCGAUUCUCACCCCGACUCUUAACAGGUGUGGUUUCUUCUCAGGCCUACGCCGUGAUGCCCUCCAUGAAAAGCGUGUUGAAAGUGCUGCGAGAGUCGGAACGGAACGGCAUCUUCCUCAAAGAGAAGAAACUCUCCGUUAGAGUGGUCAGCCUUCAUUAUCCGAUGAAAGCGGUGAGUACCUGGGAAAACAGAUUCAAAGUUCUGAAUCGGUGGAACAAUCAUCUUUAACACGGCUGCUCUGUUGUUUCUGUUUAGCUGCAAUUCUACACCUUUGUGAAAAGGCUGUUGAAGUGUGUAAGUAACGGACACACCCACACAUUUACACGAGUUUAGAUGGUCUUCAGAAAUAUAUAUAUGACUUGUUAAUGUUCUGUUCUGGGUCCAGUCUGUGAACCGGGAAGCAGAGAGAACCGUCCUGAUCAGGAACAUCUCCCAGACUGAGAUGAAGGAGCUCCGUGAGGCUCUCCAAGAUUACGCUCCGUUCAAUAACUUCAUGCCGCUCCUCAACAAGGUACAAACCGACCUGUUGAAGAGAUCCGCCUCCAGGAGAACCUGAUUCCAGUCUAACCUGUCGCCUCUUUGUGUGUGCUCCAGCUUUAUAUAGAGUUCAACACUUACGGAGAUGCUCUCCGCUUUAAAGAUUGGUACAGCCGCCGAAGCCACGCCCCAGGCCAUGAGGUCAACAUGCUGAAAAAGUCGGGUUAGUCUUGUCGUCGUUACUUUGACCACUUGUGCCGCUGAGAUUGACGAGAAGGAGGUGAUGUUCAUCUCGCUUAAAUCUGACUCUCUUCAGGUCCUGCAGCUGCAGACAAAGAACCAGUCCAGGACAAAGAUCGGUACUUCGGGGAGACAAUUGAAAACGUCCUGACGAAGAAACAAAUCGGUGAGAACUCUUGAGUAAUAAACUCUUUAUCGUCUGUUUUUUUCUUCUCUUCCUCGCAAUAAAAGGUCUUGUCUUACUUGUACUCCACAGACACCGUCAAAAGUGAAACUGCAAACACACCAAAAGUAGGUUUCUGUUUUAAAUCUGUUUUUUUAUGCGAUCGUACAUUUUGGUGCUGCAGCAAACAUAGGAAAAAAGUAGAGUUUGGAGUUAAACUUCAAAGCAGAGCUCCAUCGUACCCUCGUACCACCCAGACUUUAAAGACUAGAUGCUGUUUACGACUCUGUUGUCCCUCAUCAGAUGCUCAUCACUUGGCUGUUCGAGGAUUGCUGCUGCGCCGAGGACGACAUCACCGAACUGCUCACGCCGUUCGGGUAUCAACACAAAGACCACAACAUCUAUAUUUUCCCUCAGGGUUGCUUGGUACGACGAGUUCAAACACCUUUUUUCCGAAACUUGAUGGUAGUUUUUCCCCAGACUGAUCUCACAAUGACGAUGCUUCUGUCCGCUCAGGCCUUCGUCCAGAUGCCGACGUCGAGGCACGUGUUUGACGUGCUGAGAGCUUCCAAACGAGAGCCCAUCAAACUGAACGGCUGUGAGCUUACUUUCCACGCCGUAAACGACGAGAUUUCGCUGAGACCGGUGAGCACAAGUCAUCAAAAACAAACGAUGAUGAUAAAUAAAUUUCCGAAGUGAAAGUCUCUUUAUUUAUUAACGCCGACAUUCUUGUUGUUCCCGCUUUAGUUCUGGUUUUAUAAGUUCAUGAUGGAUCUGGGAAACUAUGUAAGUAAAACAAACACACUUGACUCUUUGCUUCAUCUGCUUAACGGCUAAAUUUGGACGCUCACUUCCUGUCCCUUCAUUCAGCCUGUCACAGAGGACAGAGACAGCAUCAUCUUCAUCAGGAACAUCUCACCCGCUGAGAUCCAGGAACUCAGGGACGUUUUGAAGAAGCUCAACUCUGUUAGGAACUUCUGGCCCCUUCUCAACAAGGUAGAAAUUCAUGUUAAAAUCACCUGAAAGAAAAACCCCUGUUUGUACCUGCUGCUCAGGUCUUUGUACGCAUGUUUUUACAGGUCUUCAUAGAGUUCCAGACGCCCUGCGAUGCUGAUUGGCUCGGAGUUUGGUACAGUCUUCUGAAAAAUCCCCCCAACCACAGAAUCCAGAGGCUGAAGAUACCACACAGCGGACACAGCUCUUCUCCCGGUGAGCUCAGUUAAAUCGCAGUAGGGCUGGGCAAUACAGCCUCAAAUCAAUGUCACAAUAUAUUGAUCACUUCACCUCGAUAACGAUAAACGGACGAUAACUACUCCACAAUUUGCACACCCCCUCCCACAUUAACUUCGUCUACUUCAGCCGCUCCAACUUUUGAACCGUCCUCCAUCUCCUCACCUGUCUUUCCCUCUUUGUUACGGACUGGACGCUAACACCAAAGAGGUCCAGGCGACACCCUGCAGUGGUCCUCACAGACCUUGACUAUGCGGAUGACAGAAGUCUGCUCUCCGACAACGUGGAACAAGCACAAGAACUACUGAACAGGGUAGAGCUAGAGUGCGCCAAGGUUGGUCUUAGGCUAAAUGCCAAGAAAACUACAACGUUCCACCAGAACAUCAACCUCUGACUACAGCAGGAGGCGCUGUGCUGAAAGAAGUCGAGGACUUCAAAUACUUGGGCUCAUGGAUCAACUCAACUGAACAAGAUCUAAAAGUGAGGAAGGCACUUGAAUGGAGAAUCCUGAACGGCAUGACCGGUGAAUGGAACUCCAACCUCCCACGCCAAAUCAAACUCAGCUUCUUCUACGCGACAGUAGAGUCCGUUCUCCUCUAUGGCGGUGAAUGCUAGACCCUGAAGCCAACCCUGGAGAAAUUCCUAAAUGGGUGCUACACCAGGAUGUGCUUAAUGUCAGCAAGAACGCACAUGUGACCAAAAGAACACUGUACGAGGGACACUGCCAAAGGCAUCGGGAACCGCCAGCCAGCAAAUUGGUGCUGUGGGAACCAACGCAUGGGCAUCGGUCAAGAGGACGUCCUACACUAACAUAUGUGGACACACUCAAGAAGGAUGCUGGAGCUCAGAGUACCAACAGAGGUGUGUGGAGAAUCGGGACGACUGGAAGCGACGAUGGAAGGCUCGUCUGAGGACGACCUAGAGAGACGUUGGUUAUUGUCGCCCAGUCCUAUAAGAGAUGACGGAGCUCAGGGGCUCCCAGAAAAGACAAUCACGAAUUCUAUUGCCCCAAAACGUUGAUAUUUCUGUGGUUCAUCCUUACGCCGAUGACACAAUAUUUUGCCGGUUUAUAUCCUUAGAAAAAGUCCACCUCUUUUGUACUUACAUACCGAUUUUAACCAGAGCCUCACCAGUCUCAAACUAAAGUUGAACCUCUGGAAAACAAACACACAACAUUUACGAGCUUAAUACUCAAACCGCUCUCGAUUUCUGUUCUUUGUUUUCGUAGCGCCCAAACUUCCAGAGGACUCUCAGCUGGACUGCAAAGAUCUGAUCGAAGGGGCGACCCUCCCGUCUGUAAAGACCGGCGUUCCUCAGGGCAGCGCGUCGCCGUUUUGGAUCAGCUUGAGGAACAAUCCCUUCGUGUUUCCCUCCAUUUCUCCGUGGUUCAUCAUCCCAGGUUUGUGAGUCUUUUUUUCAGCGUUGAGCGAAGAUAUCCAGUGAGGGGACUAACGUUUGCUUUUUCUUCCCAGAGUACCUGACUGUGAAGCGCUUGAAUGACAUCGAGGUAAGUUUGACUUCUUCAAAUUCCAAGCUCAGAGGGAUGAGAAGUAUUUCGGGUUUUAGUCCCACCAUGCAGUCGUAAACUUCAGGGCUCUGAUUCUGUCCGUCUAGAGGGCCAGUCGCAGAGGUUCGAUGUGUCCCACCGUCAUGUUGACCGGUUUACCAGAGGGAGAAUACAAGCAUGAGGAUGUGGCGAGGCUGGUCUGGCCGUUUUUCCCCAAACAGGAUCUUCGCUCCUUGUACUACAAUGUGACGGUCUUACCGCUGCAGAGGAGGGUAAUGAUCCUCCAGCUGAAGGCGAUUAAUCAUGAUAACCGUUUUUAUUUCUUUACAUUUUUAAACGUCAUUGCUCUUCCCGUCUUCUCCUCCAGGCCUUUGUGUUCUUCGCUGAUUGGAUGACCUGCUUCGAUUUUGUCAAAGCUCACAUCACUAAGCGGACUUCUCUCAAAAAGCGCGCAAUCAGUGUCCACCUGGUCUUGCAAAACAUGCAUCCUGAAUUCAGUGAGGUAUGGACUCAAAGUUUGGGUCAUUCUGGGGUAAAAACCCAAAAAAAUGCAGAUCCUUCACCGUGUGUCUGACUCUUUCCGACAGGAGGCCAUGUACACAAACCUGAUGAAGCUGAGCAACGCUGUAAGUCACUUUUCGAUCGUGUGAAAACACGUUUCUGUUUCUGCUCCUGAGGUCCUCAACGCUUUCUUUCUUUCUCAGAGGGUUCCUGAUCCAGCGUCCCUGGAGGAGCGGCUGCUGUGUGUGGAGGUCUCGGAGGUGUCUCUGGACGUCAUCACGCUGGUCGUAGAAAUGGUCGCGUCCAUUACCAGCUUCGUCAACUUCUUGCCGCUGGCUAACAGGGUAAAGACUUCUCAUCCAGAUGUACAAACGUCCUCAUAACUUCUAAAGAGAAGCAGAUACGAUCUAAAAUAUUGUCCUUCCUGAUCAGAUCUGCAUCGAGAUGGCCGACUCCGCCAGUGUUGCCCAAGUGGUGGAGAGAUACAACGAUCUCACCCCCAGCUCUUUCACAGAGGACCCGGCUUGGUGCGCAUGUCUUUUAAAAGUUCUGGGGGAUCAAAUGUGGAUUUUUAGUGGUUCUGUUGUACUCAUUAUCAACUGGUACAUCUUUAAAGUAGUUUAAAACCUUUGUAAUCAUCUUAAACUGGCGCCCCAUGGAGUCAUUUGAGCACUAUUCGGCAUGUGGGUGUUACUAGGGCUGGGCGAUAAAAGGAAAAGUCUAUAACGAUGUAUUUUUUUCAUAUCACGACAUCGAUGUAUAUCACGAUAUAUAAAAUUACAUUUGACAGUGCUUUGGGUAGCAUUUCUUUUGCAAUACAAUAAGCGACUGCAUCUGUGAGGUCUUUGUGUCUCUUUGACGUUUUGUCGUAAGGCGUUACGCUAAAGCUUAAAAAAGCUGACUGAAUGGUCGGCUGUUUCAGCUGCCGUGGGCUGCUUCGUACUCGCUUCGCUCAGGGACUCGACAUAAUUUGCAGUCCACAUUACUCUGCUUCAUGUUCGCCCUUGAAAAACCAAAAUACCUCCACACCACCGACGUUUUCGCUUCUAUGAUGUCGUCAUUUGUUGAGUUUUCAUCUGCAUUUCUGUCGGGGGUAGCACUCAUUUUCUUAUUAUAGUGUAUGGUUGGGUGUAGCUGCUGUCUGCUAUGCCGCAGUUGUUUGCUACUUGGUUCUAAUCAGGGCUGUCAAAAUUGCUCUAAAAUGACGUUCGAUAUCUGGCUUACACAGCUCAGCAUUUUUUCCGUCUACCGUGUCUCUGAGUUUGGCUCCGAACGUCAAGGCAUCUCUCUCUGCAUCUGUCACGGACGGUUUUUGUCGAGUCUCACUGCAGGUGCAGCUCCUGUGACCUGUCCCUGACCCGUUGUGUCAGCGCGCUCACUCGCAAAAAUUUAUAUUCGAAUAUUAAAUAAAGAGCGGGGAAAAACUGAGAAGAAAAACUAAUAAGGAAUAAAAAAUUCGUGGUUGCUUUGUGAGUUCAAAUCUCGUUCUUUUUUCGAAUAUAUAUGUAUUUCUAAUUUAGCACAUCAUUGGUUCAGCACGAAGCGGACCCGGAGCAACUCUACCAAAACAUGGCAGAAUGGCGACUAUUGAGAAGCGUAUUGACCAUGUUUCAUAUCGAUAUUGAUGGAAGUUAAUCUUUGAGAUAUAUCGUUAUCGUUUUAUCGCCCAGCCCUACAUGUGGGUGUUACUUUUUACACAGCUUUGUCGUCACUGAGUGAAGUCCUUGUUUCUUUCUCAACAGGAGCAAAGUUCAGAAUUUCGAGACGUAAGUGCACAACCUUUUUUUUUGUGUUAGAGAGAUGUGUUUCACAAGUCUGACCAGCUCACCUCUGACUGUCACAAUAAUCGAACCUUUGUUUAAAGCUUGGAGAGCCUCAGACAGCGCCUACAGGAGGCCGGUGAGGACACUAUAGACCUCGAACCCGAGGCCGUCAGUGAGGUUAACGAACCCCCUGAGACCGACAAGUCCAAGCUGAAGACCAUCACGGUGACGGUGGGCCCACACAGACUAGUUCGUAAAAGCAGGUCUCUGAGUCCGGAGAGGCGGGUGAGUCCUGGUUUGAGUCUCUCUGUGUUUUCUGAGUUUUUGGAGAUUCCGCUGAAGAAAGGUCAAUCUACGUUCAAAUCUCUGCUUCUGUCUUUGUUCAGGGUGAUGCUAAUUUCACAGAAGACUACACCCCCGCAGACUUUUUUGACGGGCUGCAGUUCAACGAGGACGAGUUUGUCACUGUUGACGAAGUUUACGAUGACGUUGGAGAAGGAAGCUCUGAGCGUCGUCGCCCCUCCUCAUCCACGCACUCCUCGAGAGACAGAAGAGACAGCAGGGCAAGCUCAGGUGGUGGAAGGACCUCGUCGAGGUCUUCGAAAGACCACAGGAGCUCAGCCUCGUCCUCCUCUUCUAGAUCAGAGAGAACUACACGAGCUGCCAACUCAAGCUCAGAGAGAAACGCGUCCAAACCCUCCAGAUCCAGUACCAAACCCUCAUCCUCUGCAAGCGCGAGCAAAUCCGCUUCCCCUUCUCCUUUUGUGUCCCCUGAAACUCUUUCCUCCCCCGAUCAGAGAGCAAAACCGAGCGAAACAGAUCCUCCGGGACCGUCAUCCAGCUCUGCACCCUCUGAGACUCAGCCAGAGCAGCGUGCAGUACCUCUGUCUGACCACACAGCGUCAGCAGAGGGCCCCGCUGCAGAAACUGUUGAGUCAGAGACAAAAAUGGAAGCAAGAGGAGAGAUGCAUCCUCCUCAUCAGGGACCAGGAUUUGAUUUGAACCAGAUCCAGGAUAUGGGGAUUGAUUUAGAUCGAACAAAUGAGGAUCAGAAGAAAGACGAAGAAGAGACGGAUGAAAUCAAACAUGAUGAUCUCCAAACCCUCACUCCAGCCGGUGAUCAAUCAGCUGAGCAGAUGACAGAUGGAGGCCAAGAGGGAAGGUCUGAAUCCCAGCCUGGAGACCUGGUCCUUGAAGGUGUCAAAGCUGAGACAGAGGAGUCCGGUGAAAUGGAUCCUGACGGGCCUUCACAGGUCCUGGAUGAGGUUUCUGAGCUGUGUGAGGAAGAUGAUGGUUCAAAAACCGACCAGGCUGAAGAUAAAAACGGGUUAGAGACAAACGCUGAAGAGGUGGAGACAGGUAGUAAAAUGUUCUCACCUGAGUCCAGCACAGAAACACCUCAGGGUCAAACAUCUACAGAAAACCAGCCUCUCCAAGAAGAGGACCUGAAGGACCCUGAAGGUCCUGAACAAACCUUCGAAAUCUUAGAUUCCAUCGAUGAUCAGACCGAGACAGAAGACGACCCCGCAAAACUGGAAACUCUCAGUUCGCAGACAUCUAAAGAUGAUCAACCCGUGGAGGACGAGGGAGACGCUUAUCAGGUGAUCGAUUCUGUUGAAGAUCAGCCAACAAGUAGACAACAGAGACCCAGGAGAGGAGCGAGAAGAGAUGAUAGAUCUUCAAGGAGGAGCGGCUCCACAAACAGGACACCGAAAAGUGACGAGACGGAGAAAUCACCCAAAAAACAAGACAAGACGGACAUACGGACUAAGACGGAGGUCAGUGAGGACGUGGUGUUUGAAAUCGUUGAUUCUGUGGAAGAGGAACCGGCUGAAGAUCCAACGAGAGAAAGCUUUGGUAGAAGAAGAAGUACCAGGAGAAAGAAAGAGGCUCCUGCAGAAGAAGCUGAAAAACCAGAAGAGGUCACGUAUGAGAUUUUAGACUCUGUGGAGACGACCACUGAUGAACCAACCAUCACAACCAGAUCAACCAGAGGAAGACGAGGGAGACCAUCCAAGGAGGCUACGACCGAGAAGAUGCAGAGAGAAGAAACCCCGACCAGCAGGAGGCAGACACGGAGCCGGGAGAAGACACCAAAGACUGAGGAGACACUUCCUCCAAAGGAGAGCGUAGGCGAGGGGAACGAGGAGAUCACUACCUACGAAAUCCUGGACUCUGUGGAGGACGGACCUGAGGAAGAUCAGCCAGCUCCAAGAGGAAGAGGGACGAAAGGGAGGCCGAAGAAACCACUGAAAACAACCAAAAAAGAUGAUACAGGACCGAACGAGGUCGAUCAAGAAACAUCUGAGAAGGUGGGGAACGAAGAGGAGGCCACGUACCAGAUUCUGGAUUCUGUGGAGGACGACUUGGUAGAUGAUAGGCCGAUCGCCGAGCAGCCAGAGAGCGAGAGGAAAGAGGAGAUCAUUCAAAACACAGAGGAGGGAGAACCGAGUGGAGCAGGAUCGACCAAAAGUGAGGAGGAGGAGGAGGAGGAGCAGGAGGAACCUUUGUUCCAGGUAGUCGACUCCCUCGAAGAAGAGCAGACCAUCACAGAGGCGUCUGAGAAAGAAGGAAAGGACAACACAGAGACAGGAGAAGAUGCCGUCAAAGAAGACCCUCAAUCAGGUUUCACCACGGUCUCUGAAGGAUCUGAAAAACCGGAGGAGAGUCUCGCUCAGGGGGUCCGAGAUCCAGAGGAGGUCAGUGCAGGUGCAGGUAAGGAGGACAGGAAGGAAACCCCCAGAAUAGACCACAAGGAAGAGGACUCUCCAUCACCAUCAUCUUCAUCAGUCAGAGCUGCAGCAGAUGAAGAGCAGAUGAAGAGCACUCUGGUGAACCUCGACACAGUCAGUGACGAAGAGGAGGAUUACUCUGACGACGCCGCCGAGGAGGAAGAACUGAGGAAACGCCAAACUGCUGCGAAAGAGAAGCUUCAGAGAGCGAGGAGGUCAGGGGUGAGGGAGGAGAGGGAGCAACAGAGGAGAAGAGGAGGAGGAGGGAGUCGAAGGGGGAGGAAACGAGGAAGGGUGGAUGUGGACUCUGAAGAGCUGGUGACUCUGGACGAGGUGGGUUCAGACGAUGUCGAGGAUGAGAAGAAGAGACAAGAGCGGGGAGAGGAGUCAGCUGGAGGAGAGGGGCGAGCGAUGGUCACUCUGGACGAGUUCGUAGAAGAAGAGAAGACGGGGCAGGGGGACCAGAAACCCCAAACCCUGAGCCAGGACGAGGGGUCAGGGGAGGACCUGAACCACGAGGUACAAAUCCACAUCCAAACAUCUGUAACGUCUCCACUGUCUGAGGAGAUUCAAAUCACUUUCGUCUGUUUUUUCAGACUUUGGUGACUUUGGAUGAAGCCGACUGUGACGAAGACGACAACAAACCAGAUCUGGAGAGAACCAGGAGAACUCCAGGAUCGGCAAAACGCAACCAUGACGACGACCCAGGUCAGUAAUAUCCUCACGGUUCUCCGUUGAUAACACGAGAACUUUUUUCAGAAGGAGCACGAAAAGAACUUUAGAGGAACAAUGAAAACCGAUCAAAUCAUGUUUGCCUUAUUGUCCGACCUUAGUACUAUCUAUUUCUAGUCGCAAAUGCGAGUGAAACGCAAAUGUUUGUCAUCCUUCUGUUUCAGUGGAAAGCGUGAACUUUGUGAUCGUGGACGAGGUGAAGGACGAGGAGAACAGAGAAACACCCAAGACGAGAGGUCGAGGGAAGAAGAGAAGCAGACAAACUCCAGGUGAUAGAAAAAAAAAACUCUCCUCUUAGAUCUCAGCAACAUUUUCAGCCGCACUGUUUCUCUUAAACUCGUUCAUCAUCUGUCACCGCAGUGAGAAAAUCCACCAGAGGGAACACGAAGAGUACGAUAGAGGAGCCAGAAGAAGAGGAGAAGGAGCUGACUGAGGUUUCAAAUGAUGACCGGCAGGAGGCGCAGGAGACGGCGGAGAAUCCCUCCGCUGCUGAGCCGGAGCUGCAGCCGGAGAGCGAAACUCUAAAGGGAGGAGAGGAGGAGAGAGAAGGAUGGAGGCGGGUGGAAGUGAAAGGUAGAGAGCUGAGAAAACCCAGAUGAGACAAAAACCUUUGAUUGUCGAGGUUAAAACCGCUGAUUCGACCAUCUCUCCUUUUCUCUUCUUAGUUGGGAGCAAAUACAGGAGGGAGCCGAUCGGACCAGAAUCAAAGCGAUCCCGUUCUCAGUCUCCGUCGGUCCCUCAUGACUUCAAACUGCCUGAUUUCAAACCCAACAACCCCCUCGGUGAGUCCCGAGAGUUAAAUCUGAUCAGAAAACAACUUUAAUUAAAAACACAAACUUUAUCUUUUUCUGACUGAUGAGCGUUCGCCGACUCUCCUCACAGGUAAAGAGUUCGUCGUCCCGGGUUAUUUCUGUAACCUCUGCUCCGUUUUCUACCCGAGCGAAACCACGGCCAAGGAGCUGCACUGCAGCAGCCAGACACACUACAACAACCUGAAGGUACACACAUGAACACACACUCUCUCUGCAGCUGUAAAUGUCUCGUUCUCAUUCUCCUCUCCUCCACAGAAACAUUUUCAGAAGCUUCAGCAGAAAUCAGGAAGUUCAGCUCGGAGUUGUCCGGGUUCUCUCUCGGACUGA